AUUACUUUUCUUCUUAGCAAUUCUCUUUUCUCAGUCGUCUGUUUGGCAUCUUUUUGUUGCAUGCAGAUCUCAUACGAAGAAGAGACCGUGAAGUCUUUGAUGAGCUUCUGAUCUUUUUCAUUCAGCUUCUUUAGUUCUGGUUGGACUUGAGCCGGUGCUGUACUGAAAUCAGAGCCGGUUUUCACAUGAUGCUGCGGCUGUGUGUGCGUUGGCUGGUUUUGCUGUCGGCAGCGCAGCUUGUUUUGGCUCAGCUGAAGGAUUUUGAUGAUGAAGAUGAAGAUCCUGAAGAUUUUGUAGAAGACAAUAGGAAUGGAAGACGUAAAAGUAAACCAAUCACCUCAAAUGUGAUCCCCAAAAACAAAGACGAGAACUGUAAUUUGGAACUGGCGUUUUUGGUGGACAGCUCUGAAAGUGCCAAAGACAACCAUGGCCAGGAGAAGAGCUUCGUUACUGAUCUUGUCAACCGUAUCCCGAACAUCCGUCUCCAAACAGGCCAGGGCUUGAACUUCAGAUCAGCUCUCCUUCAAUACAGCAGUCAUGUGAUCACAGAGCAGUCCUUUAAAGACUGGAGGGGUGUGCCCAGCUUCCAGAGCCGCGUCGCCUCUAUCCCGUUCAUCGGGCAUGGAACCUAUACCACCUACGCCAUCACCAACCUCACCCGCAUCUACCUGGAGGAGUCCGGCCCAGGCACGGUCAAGGUGGCUAUUCUGAUGUACGGCGGCGCCUCGCAUCCCAAGAAUCCUGAUAUUUUCUCUGCUCUUGCUGAUGCGAAGAACCAAGGGAUUAAAUUCUUCAUAGUCGGUUUAACAUCCGCAGCCAACAUGGAGAAGCUGCAGCUUCUGGCCAGUGCUCCAGCCAGCCGAUACGUGCACAAUAUACAGGACAAGGGCGUCGUGGACAAGAUCAUCAGAGAGAUUACUAAGGUGGUUGACGAAGUGGGUAAAAAGGGUCGUCCUGGAGAUGACGGAAGUCCAGGCCCUAAAGGUCAAAAGGGAGAGGGCGGUUCGAGCGGUGCUCCUGGACGAGAUGGGACAGAGGGGAAAACUGGAUACAAAGGAGAAAAGGGUGAGCGAGGCGAGUGUGGAACACCAGGAGUGAAAGGAGACAGGGGUCCUGAGGGUCCUGUUGGCAUCAGAGGAAGUCGAGGGCUGCAAGGUUUGCCAGGACCCAAUGGAGAUGUUGGACCUGAAGGCCUACCAGGAAAAAAAGGUGAGAGAGGAUUUCCCGGACCCCCAGGGAUACAAGGAGAGACUGGCAUUGGACUUCAAGGACCAAAGGGUGAUGUGGGAUUUCAGGGAAGAAUGGGUCCUCCUGGGCUUCCUGGGCUUGGGGAGCCAGGUUUACCGGGGCCACAGGGGCCACAAGGUUCGCCAGGAGAAAAGGGCCCUCCAGGAGAGGGUUUUCCAGGACCAAAGGGAGAGAGGGGUCUGGAGGGGCCAAGGGGACCCCGAGGACCAGCAGGUACUGCCAUUAAAGGAGACAAAGGGGACUUUGGUUCUCCUGGGCUUCCAGGACCAGUUGGGCCAAUUGGAAUAGGGGUACAAGGAGAGAAAGGUAUAGAAGGACCGCGUGGACCCCCUGGAAGCAGAGGACCACCAGGCGAGGGCUACCCAGGACCAAAGGGUGAUCAAGGUUUACCAGGUGAGAGUGGUGCACCAGGAGAGAGAGGAGCCGGGGAACCAGGAGCUAAAGGGGAACCUGGAGCUCCAGGACUGUCAGGAUUACCAGGUUUACCAGGGGAGGACGGAGCUCCUGGACAAAAGGGAGAACCAGGAGCCACUGGCUUAAGAGGUGCUGAAGGAGCAGCAGGAGUGGGCAUCCAGGGGGAAAAAGGUGAUCAGGGUCAGAGGGGAAUCCGUGGAUUAGCAGGUCCACCAGGAAUAGCUGGACCCUCGGGGUCAAAGGGAGAACCUGGCACCCCUGGGCGACAAGGAUUACCUGGGCCACCGGGACGUGCAAUAUCAGGACCAAAAGGUGACGUAGGCCCACCAGGUCCAUCUGGUCCAGUAGGUGAUCCUGGAUAUGGACUUACUGGACCCAAGGGGGAUCGCGGUGACCCUGGUCUUCCUGGUCUGACUGGUCUGAAAGGGGAUGGAUAUCCUGGUCCUACAGGCCUUCCUGGUCCUCCAGGUCUUCCAGGUGAACCAGGUCAAGGAGGCGUAGGAAUACCAGGACCAAAGGGUGAUGUUGGCUUCAGAGGUUUACCAGGCCCACCUGGACCUCCAGGGGAAGGACUGCAAGGACCACCUGGCACUGUGGGAAGACCAGGACCUUCUGGACCUACUGGACAACCAGGACAAGGUAUACAGGGUUCAAAGGGUGAUCAGGGCUCACAGGGAGUGACCGGGCCAAGAGGAUUUCCUGGAGAAGGAAUGCCGGGGUCAAAGGGGGAUCGUGGAGCUCAGGGUGAGAGAGGGGUGAAAGGGGUUAAAGGUGAUAUGGGAGAUCCUGGUGUUUCUGGACAAGCAGGUAGACCAGGAAUCAAAGGAGAAUCUGGGCUGACGAGGGACGAGAUAAUCAGAAUGAUCAGAGAGAUUUGUGGCUGUGGAGUCAAAUGUAAAGAGCGUCCUAUGGAGCUUGUGUUUGUGGUUGACAGCUCUGAGAGCAUCGGGCCUGAAAACUUCGAGAUCAUCAAGGACUUUGUGGCGGCGCUGGUCGACAGACUCACCAUAGGGCGUAAUGCCACUCGUGUCGGCCUGGUUUUAUACAGCCUGGAAGUCCAGCUUGAAUUCAACCUGGCUCGCUAUACAACCAAACAAGACAUUAAAGAAGCCAUCCGCAGAGUUCACUACAUCGGCGAGGGCACCUACACCGGCUCUGCCAUCCACAAUGCCACUCAUGAAGCCUUUUACAGCGCCAGGACAGGGGUGAAGAAGGUGGCCAUCGUCAUCACAGAUGGACAGACGGAUAAACGGGAGCCUGUGAAGCUGGAGAUCGCUGUCAGAGAGGCGCACGCUGCCAACAUCGAGAUGUACGCUCUGGGAAUUAUGAACAUCAGUAAUCCUACACAGAACGAGUUUCUCCAGGAGCUCAGUCUUAUUGCGUCGCAUCCUGACAGUGAACAUAUGUACUACAUUAAAGACUUCAACACAUUGCCAGCUCUGGAGUCCAAACUAGUCAAUCAGCUCUGCGAAGAUGAAAGUAGAGCGCUUAUCUUCAACCGCAUUAAUGAUUUUGAAAACGGAUAUGGUCUGAACGGAAACCGCAUCAAUGGUAACGGCGGGCAUAAUUUCGACACCAGCACAUAUAAAGGCAGCAGAGAAAACACAGGAACACCGUCUGCCACCAACACCGUGAUCACUGAGAGAGGCAGAGGAGGCACGUUUGCUUCAACAGCUGGUCCAGACAUUAAACAGGAGGUUGAGCGUGUACCUAAAACACCAGACAUAAGAGGAGCUCCUGCAGUCACUGGGACAUCCACACCUAGCAAACCUUCAUCAGGGACAACAACAUCAUCAUCAUCUGUGAACACAUAUUCAACUUCAAUGCAGUUUAUAGCAGCACCACGACCACCUUUACCUAAAGAGGUUGUGCUUUUGGACCCCCUUUGUAAGCUGCUCCUGGAUCAGGGUCCUUGUCGAGAAUAUAACAUCCGAUGGUACUAUGUACCACAAGCCAACGCCUGUGCACAGUUCUGGUACGGUGGCUGUGAAGGAAACCGUAAUCGCUUUGACACAGAAGAAGAGUGCAAGAAGACGUGUGUGGUCGUGUGAGCAGGGGGCUGACAUCCAUUAUGGACAAAUUUACCUUUGUCUGUAAUUCCUCAUUCUCAACUUCAAUGGACCUGCACUGAAAUAAACAGAUGUUAAAUAAAUUGACGUCUGCAAGAAACUAGUGGUCCUGCUUUAUAUUAAGUGGCCUUAACUACUAUGUACUUAUAUGUAAAUUAAUCAUGUAGUACAAUACUUAUUUGUAAUAAUAUUAGUAAAAUAAGAAUAUUAGUACAAUACUUUUGUGUAAUAACAAUUGUGUAAAAACACUUUAUUUAAAAGGCUUUUUUGGUAAUGGCAGCUUAAAGACGACUCUCAUAUGAAGCCUCAUGCACUGCUCAGGUGUGAGUUUUUCUCAAACUUCUACAGUGUCAAAAUCUUGAUGGUUCUGUGGGUCUCGUCUGUCAAAUCUGAGCUUUAUUUUGGAUUUUCUAUUGAAUUCAAGUCGAUUCAAGGUGAUUGGCUGGGCUAUUCUACAGCUUGAUUUUCUUUCUCUGAAAGCAUCUG